AUUACCUAGCAGCUAUCGCCUGAAAUAGUAAAUUUGUUUUGAAACGCGAUGCCGAACGUCUUCACAAUUUUUCCAUUAAAACAUGUAUAAAUUGACUCAAGGCCCAAGCAAGUUCAAUGUUUCGAAGAGAAGGGGAUUACAGCAACCAGUAGAUGAAGGAGAAAAUGGCCGUAACAUGAUCAACCCACAGACUUCACCUAGACCUUCCUUUAGUAGUGCUGUUAUAUCAGGCCGUAAAAAGGAUCACCACUCAAAACUACCAGGGCUUUCUGUCGACCACUUUGGACGAGACCACUAUGAACUAGUCAAGAUGUUGAAUACAGAAUGGGAAAUGACACAAAAGGAACUCAAUGACUGUAGACAGGGAAGAAAAGGAACGUGUGUAGAGGAAUUUGUAGAUAAAGAAGAAAAUCCAUCUCUUAGAUAUUUCAAGCCCUUUGACUGGGACAGCCUAUGCCUAACGAGACUAAUGCCUGUCAUGGAUGGAGAGACAUAACGAUGACCUUCAUCCUCCCGUCCCUGUACUAUGUCCAUCUCCUAGCACCUUCACCUGAAAGACAGAAAGGCAUUAGAAAAAUCUGUACAAAGUCUAUUACAUUAAUGCCUUUCUGCCUCUCAACGGACAUUAUGUAUUACGAAGCAAGUACACUGGUGAUAUACUGAUGAAUUUAGCCCUUUGAAGCGCAUUGGUCAGCCUCAGAUUUUACUCCGACUCAGGGUCUAAAUGAUGCCUUUUUAUGAGUGGGAUGGGUGUGAUGUAUGGAGUAGCAAUCAGAA